CCAUCCCACGUGACCAGCCACCUACAAACAGACUUUAAUAGUGCAGUAUUCUUGUGCGUAAUUUGCUGUCGUUGCAUUAACGUACAGGACAGUGCCACUGGGGGCGACGAUAUUUAACUUAUGUUCUAUAAUUGUAAUGUAGAUACAGUGCCACAUGGUCCAUUUCCACGCAACAUUUGAUUAAGAAAACAAACGCAUACACGCUGUAUAUAAACAGAUGCUUAGUUCAGCAUUUACACUACCUCGCUACACGGUACAAGAUGGCGGCCCGGUAUAUGCUUCUCGUGUUUCUCGGUAUUGCAGUGGUGUGCAAAGCAGCCAACGGUGUCACCAGGUGUACUUCUACCUUCGACUGCCAGUGGGGCACACAGUGCUGCCAGAAAGACGGGGCGCCAUGGUCCUUCUACUGGUACUAUGACGGCGGCACGUUCGCGGACUCGAACCUGGGCACGUGCGGGGCUGUGGGGCAGGAGGGACAGGUGUGUUUCGCCUCCAACUCGUACGACCCCUGCACCUGUGACGUCGGCUUGAUGUGCUGUCCGUCAGCUGAACCAGUGGACCCCCCGCCAGGCUGGCCGGAGGGCUUCCCGUUCCGAGCACACACCUGCCAGCGUGGCGGCGACCCUUAUGCCUGUAUCUAGGCUUCAGAAAACGCCUUUUUGUGUCAGAAAAUACUUGAAUAAACCGAUCUAA